CUGACGCAGUGCCCCGCACCUACGAUAUAAGGGGUUUGGAGAUCGGGUUUGCAGCCCGGGUGGCUUGGCUGACAUGGAGGGACCCGGCCCCAGCCGGGGCACGACGCUGACCAACGCGGAGCCCUCCAACGCGGUGAAACUGCUGCACCUGCUUUUCCUCUCCACCUUCUGGGGAAUGCAGAUCUGGGUGACCUUCGUGGCGGGGCUGGUGAUGCGCAGCCGCCUCCCCCGCCACACCUACGGCUUCAUCCAGAGAGAGCUCUUCCCCUACUACUUCCACAUCGGCUCCACCUGCGCGUUCCUCAACCUGACCCUAUUUGCCAUGUACCACCCCAGCGAGCUGCUCAGCGAGGAAGAAACUACCCAGGUAGUAGCCUCUUGCUUUAAAAGGCCAGCUGGCUGCAGCCCGAAGCCCUGCCCCUGCGGGGGCCCGCUUCGUCCCGCUCUGCUGGGGCUGCUCUGCAGACAUUUAAUCCACCGCGUUUCACGGCGGGCGUUGCUCCCCUUGCAGAUCAUCGUCUUCUUCGUCUGCGUGGCCGUCUCCGCGCUCAACGCGCAGUGGUUCGGGCAGGCCACCUCCGACAUCGCGGCGGACAUGCACCGCAUCGAGCGCGGCCGCGGCCUGGGGCAGGAGGUCGGGCUGUUCGCCGGCGAGUCCUGCAGGGAGCUGCGCGCCUCCGACCCCGGCUACGGGCAGCUGGCCCGGCAGCUCGCCCUCUACCGCGCCGCGUCCGCCCUCUGCAACCUCUGCUGCAUCGCCUGCAACGGCUUCAGCCUGUACUACCUGGCCGCCCACCUCUCCGCCUUGUGA